AUGUCUCUUUGCAAGACCCGAUUACAAGAGGAAAGAAAACAGUGGAGAAGGGACCACCCUUUCGGUUUCUACGCUCGCCCAAAGAAAACCUCAGAUGGCUCCCUAGACUUGACCCACUGGGACGCUGGAAUUCCAGGCAAGCCAAAUACCCUAUGGGCAGACGCCACAUUUCCCGUGACGAUAUAUUUUUCGGAAGAAUACCCCUCGAAACCACCAAAGGUGAUGUUCCCACCAGCAUUCUAUCAUCCAAAUGUAUACCCUAGUGGCACUGUGUGCUUAUCUAUUUUGAACGAGUCGCAAGAUUGGAGACCUGCGAUUACCUUGAAACAAAUCUUGUUGGGAAUCCAAGAACUUUUGACGAACCCAAAUCCUGACUCUCCAGCUCAGGAACCAGCAUGGAAGGCUUUCAGCAAGGAUAGAACCACAUAUGAGAAGAAGGUCAAGGAGCAGGCAAAGAAGUAUGCGAACGCCUCGUAG